GGCCGAGCCUAUUCGUUCAAGGUGGUGCUGCUGGGGGAAGGCUGCGUGGGGAAGACGUCGCUGGUGCUGCGCUACUGCGAGAACAAGUUCAACGACAAGCACAUCACCACCCUGCAGGCAUCAUUUUUAACAAAGAAGUUAAAUAUUGGUGGGAAAAGAGUAAACCUUGCCAUAUGGGAUACAGCAGGUCAAGAGAGAUUCCAUGCCUUGGGUCCAAUUUAUUACAGAGAUUCAAAUGGAGCUAUUUUAGUAUAUGAUAUAACAGAUGAAGAUUCUUUCCAGAAGGUAAAAAACUGGGUCAAAGAGUUACGGAAAAUGUUGGGAAAUGAAAUCUGUUUAUGUAUAGUUGGUAAUAAAAUAGACUUGGAAAAGGAGAGACAUGUUUCCAUUCAAGAAGCAGAAUCGUAUGCAGAUUCUGUGGGAGCAAAACAUUAUCAUACUUCAGCCAAACAGAACAAAGGAAUUGAGGAACUCUUUCUUGACCUUUGUAAAAGGAUGAUAGAAACUGCACAAGUUGACGAGAGGGCAAAAGGCAACGGCUCCAGUCAGCCGGGAGCUGCCAGGCGAGGUGUACAGAUUAUCGAUGAUGAACCUCAAGCCCAGAGCAGUGGUGGAGGGUGCUGUUCUUCUGGAUAACUGUUCACGCCUAGGGAAUUAAAAAACAAACAAAACUGUGGAUCAUUGCCCUCAACAUGAAGACUGCCAUAUUCCAAGUCACAUUAUUUUACCAAUGGAAUUAUAGAAUUAACAGUAUUUUAAAUUACAUUUAUAACACUGCAGAGACCUUAAGUGCUAAACUUAGUGGAGUUUGUGACCAGAGAAUUGGCAUUUUCUACAAAUGUUAACAAAGCAAUUACCAAUGGCCUUUUUACAUAUUUUUUUCUUUAAUGAGGAAUAAUAUGCAUGUAGAAAAGACCUACUUAAAGGCUUCAUUUAUAUUCUUUUAAAUCAAAUCUUUAUUUAAUAACUUAUAUAUGUUGUUGGAAUGGUAUACAUUUUUGCAGCCCUUUGUAUUUUGUGGUAGUUUGAAUUGUAUCACUUCUAAACAGCAAACUGUUGUGUUUUUGUUUUUAAUUAGCAGAUACCUGAAGUACUAUUUUUGCAGGGUUUGCACAGGCCCCUAACUGUCUACUACUUUGAUAUAAUCUAUAUACAUCCUGUAUGCUGAGCUGGUAAAAUACAUUGUAAAUUACAUAUUAAAUAUUUUAUCUGCUUUUACAAGCGCAAGGUGCAAAAAUAUAUAUGAUAGUCUCAUUGAUGACUGUAAAGUGAAUUAACAUUUGGUGAUAAUGCCUAAGCUUUUUGACUCUGAUAUAAAGAUCAUAGCUCCCCUUCACUUUUGUCUUAACCUGAAAGUGGCGUGUUUAAAUCUUUACACAUACUUUACUUGAACUAUUGCUAUUGUCACGUUAUUUGCCUCUGUUCAAGUCCAUCAGAUGAUUGAGCAGCAACAUUUGCCUUUUGGCUUGAGGUUUUUGUUUUUGGUUUUGUUUUCUUUUAUAUAAAGAGGUGAUUGAUGCUGAUUUCGCUUUAGAAUGGCUACCUUAGAAGAAUAUGAGUGGAACAUGCUGGUUUCACUUCUGCUGCAGCUAUCGUUUUCUCUGAGGCUUUAUAUGAGAUAGGCUCACUGGUGUGAGAAGAGAGAGAGAUCCCAGAUAGGAGCCACCUGCCAAGACUCAUUCAUACAGCCUGUCAUUGGUGGUUCAUGCUUCUGAAGCAGCACUUUUGGAUUCUUUGUGAGCAAGUUGUAUUUCUUCAUACAUUCAUUGC